AUUUCAUCUUAUUUUAUAAUCUCUUGUAAAAAAAUUAAUGAGAUGGAACUUGAGCUUGGUCUUGCACUUCCUAAUUCCCAUUUUGUUCCUAUCAAAUCUUCUCACCUAAAUGUCGAUAAAUUUGAUGACAACUUCUCAGAAAUAUCUGAUUAUGAUAGCAACAAAGUUGAACAUAAAACAUUGCCUUUGCUUAUAUGGAAUGACCAACCAAAUGAAGAAGAAGAUGAUGGUCAUCAAAAGAGGAGAACUUUUGAAGCUUGUUACCAGGAAUUGAAGGAAGAAAAUGGAGUACUGGGGUGGCCACCAAUUAAAUCAUGGAGAAAAAAACUAAUUCACGGGAUUAAUGAUGAAGUUGGAUGGAACAAAAAUAAUACUAAUAUUAAUCAUAGGCAUAAUAUUGGGAUUAGAAACUCAAUGUAUGUAAAGGUUAAAAUGGAAGGAGUAGCCAUUGGAAGAAAAAUUGAUCUAAGGUUAUAUAAUUCCUAUCAAAUACUUACCAACACCUUGCUUCAAAUGUUUCCUAAAUCAGAUGAGAGUUGUGAUGGAAAUGAUGGGUUCUUUACACUAUUGUACCAAGACAAAGAAGGAGAUUGGAUGCUUGCUGGAGAUGUACCAUGGGAAACAUUCAUGGAGACUGCUCAAAGAAUACAGAUUUUAAGGAAUUGGAAGAGUGGAAGAAGUACAAGAAAAUCAUCCCAUAUUUCCUAGAGUAUUAUAUAGUUUAAUUAGUAGAGCAUGUUGACGGUAAUUAUAAAAGAUAUAAAAUGAAAAGAAGAAAAAAACAAUAUUCGUUAUAUGAGUUUGACAUUGUAAUUUAUUAUUUACCUUAUUAUCUUA